UUGAUGGGUGAACGGGAAUGGGUUCUCCUGAUAUCUAGAGGUUUUGUGGUUUCUAUGUGGUGGGGGUGGAGGACGUGGGAGCGGGGUAGAGGCCGAUCUGCAGGACCCGACUGGCCGGCCAUCUCCGUUCCCAGUUGCUGGCCCUCAAGGUGCCACGAUCUAUCGUGUAACCAACCAUCCUUCCAUAGCUCGAGUAUAUAACCUUCAGUCUCCUCGUCGAGUGAGCACUACUAUUCCCCAUCGUAAGCAACAUCCCACAAUGUCCGAACCCCAAGAAAACCUCACGACGAUAUUCCAGGCGGCCACCUCGUCAGCCGCAUACAUCCAGUCAGUGGUGCCGGAGGGACUCAGGGCUCCAUCGGUAGGAAUCAUAUGCGGAUCCGGGCUCGGAGGGCUAGUGGAUACGCUCGAGGCUUCCCCGAGGGUUGAAAUCCCUUACUCCGACAUUCCCGAAUUCCCUCGCUCGACAGUCGUGGGCCAUGCCGGAAAGUUGGUUUUCGGUCACCUCGGAAAGGAGCUGACACCAGUUGUCAUCAUGGUUGGCCGCGCGCAUUUCUAUGAAGGCCACUCCAUCCAAAAAGUCACAUUCCCGGUCCGCGUGAUGAAGGUGCUUGGAAUCAAGUCGAUCAUCGUUACCAACGCCGCUGGAGGUCUGAACGAGGAUUACAAAGUUGGCGACAUCAUGAUACUGAACGAUCACAUCAACUUCCCUGGUCUCGCCGGGAACCACCCCCUCCGCGGCCCCAACGAGGAAUCCUUCGGCACGCGGUUCCCCGCGCUUUCGGACGCCUACGACCUUGAGUUCCGCCGCACUGCUCACCUCGCCUACCGCAAACUCCCGGGAGUGAGCAAGACGAGGAGCUUGAAGGAGGGCGUGUACGCCUUCGUUUCGGGUCCCACGUUCGAGACGCGUGCCGAAUGCAGGAUGCUACGGACCAUGGGCGCGGAUGUAGUUGGCAUGUCGACGGUUCCAGAAAUCUGUGUGGCUAGACAUGCGGGAUUGAGGGUGCUCGCGAUGAGUCUAGUUACUAACGCUGCCGUGCUGGCACCUGGCCCCAGGGGUGACGAGGUACUAGACGACAGUAAUGCGGUCUCUGGGCAGUUGAAUAAGGUUAUCGAAGCGGGCAAGGCGAACCACGUUGAGGUGCUGGAGACUGGAUUCGAGGCGGCGGCCGAUAUGCAGGCCCUCGUCCGACAGUUUAUCGACGACAUCUCCUCGACAUGAGUAUCGGAGUAGGUAUACGUUGAGUAGAAUAGAACAAAAAAUUAUGUGUGAACGGUACCAGGUGCCCGAAUGAGCCCGUGUUUACUAGAAGUCAUUCCACCAAGCAUUGAUUCCGUGACCUGAAAGCCCCAAUCUAGCACUCUCCACAAAAGGCCCCUGGAGUGCUCAGGCCUUGAAGUC